AUGAUCAAGGUGGCUUGGAUUGAUAAAGGGGGUGACCUGAAAAAUCUUGUGAAUAAUUUCUAUAAGAAAUUGUUUGAGCUAAACUACAAUUGGAGCGAGUGGAAACCUACUGCAGUUACUUUUACUGAGAUUGCCAAUGAGGAUUUUCAAUUGAUGAGUAAUCAAGUGGAGGAUGAGGAGAUAAGGAAAGUUGUGUUUGAUAUGAGUCCGUGGAAAGCACCGGGGCCAGAUAGUUUUUCAGCUGUUUUUUAUCAAAAAACUUGGCAUAAGAGGGUGGCUAGCAAUGGGAUAUGGAGCAUUGGUAAUGGAGCAACCAUUAAGCCGUGGACAGACUGUUGGCUAGGAAAAGGCGAGAUCAUUAAGGAUAUGGAUGUUAUUAUUCCCUUCAACCUGCUGCAUGUUCAGUUAACAGAGAUGGUGGACGGACAUGGUAAUUGGGAUAUGAAUAAAUUCAUGAGUUGGAUGCCGGAAGAGUAUCUGCAGAGGAUUAAAGUGUUACUGCCUCCUAAUCCAGACUUAGGAAAUGAUGAGUAUUUUCCUGAAGGUGUAACCAAAACCAGUUACUCAGUCAAGGGGGGUUUACUCAAGUUUAGGGCAUAA